GGUGGCAAGUGGGAAGCAGUUUCUCAUCUUUGCUGAUUUCCAAAGGGAUGGGGAGGAAAGGAGACCGUUUGCAGCAGGACUUGCGGCGUUUCUGCCCUGCAGUCCUGGGCCAGGUGCAUGGGGGCAGAGAGUCAGUGCUCAGCACACAGCACAGCACUCAGAUCAAUGGGCGAGGUGGAGCUUGUGCAAGUCAGAGUUACAUAACGCCGUUGACAGGCACCUCACAGGGUUUGGCAAAGUGCAGCGGGAGCCCGGGGUAGCGACUUUGGGAUUGGAGUGUUCAGGAAGACUUCGCCCCGGCCUGAGGACGGGUGUCUUUUCAAAGAGUUAAUACCUGCCGGUGCUUGACACAGUGCCUGGCAUCCAGUAAGUGCUCAGUAAGCACUGGCUCGGGUGGUAUUCUUUAGCCCUGGAGCUCCUAACCAUGCAUGUCUCCAUAUUUGAUUCCAGUAUAUUCUACCUCAAAGGGUAUAGGCGGGAGCCCCUGCAAGCCUUGGCUCCAGCUAGGUUUUCUUAGGGUGGUGGCUUCACUCUCUGGACUCUGUCUCCUCAUCUGUGCGAGGAGAACACUGGUAAACAGCCACCCUUCAAGACCCUUCAGCUGACCUUGCAGCCAGGCUGUGGAGCAGCUCGGCUGUGCCCAUAUUUGACGCAAUUAACCAGAGAGAGGAGACCGCGCGGCUCUAGUUGGAACUGUGCUGGUGUAGCUCACUUGAAUGUUACAUCUCGCCCCACUCCCAGCUUAAAAGAGCCCAGAGGGGGUCUGAGGGGGGCCUCCUGGCUUCAGCAGGCUCUCCCUGAUGCCUAUUUUACAUUUCUAGAACUCAUCAUGGCCCAGGCCUUUUAGAUCUCUGAAGAAAGUAAGGCUGGCAGAUCCUCAAAAGCAGAGGGUAUCAUUAUAAUGGAAACUUGGACACUUUCCAGAAUUGCAUUUGUGGUAAAAAUUGAAACAGACAGCCCAGGCACCCAGGUGCCUGGAAAAUACCCCAACAUGGGCAAAUAAUUAGAUACAGGCCAGGCACAAUUAUGUUUUUCUGACAAUAGGCUGGAACUUGGCGGCUUAGCAUUUUCUCUUGAAACGGAAUAUGCCCCUGCCAGACUCUUUUGCUCCCUGUGGUCAAAAAGAUAGUGGUGUGGCCACCAAGGGGGAGGGCAUACAAGGAGAAGCGGCAAUGCCAUCCCUCCUGGGGUGGCCCUGGAUCUAUCUUAGGGAGGUUCUGUCCUGCUUUUGCUCUUCUGUGUCCCUGUAGGUAGCUGUCCCGAGGGACUGGGCCCAUGGCACCUUUACUAGGAGGCCAGAGCCUGCAUUUCAGAGUCUAAGAGGUCAAGAGAGGUGUAAGAUGUAUUAUCUUAUCCUUCCAUGAAAGUGGUCUGGGCAGCUGUGUUCCCUUUUGUAAGCCCUGGCAGCUCACUCAUGCUGAUGGCGGUAAGUUCACCUGUACCUUCACAUUUCUUGUCAGCCAGAUGUUUGGUCCCCGUGACAAGGAUGCUCUUUUAGCGCAAGUGUUAGAUGCCAUAGGCACUGGGUGGGGCAGGGCAGGUAGUGGGUUGAGCCUGGGAUCCACGCAGACUCAGGUUCAAGUUCAUGCAGUACUGCUUCGUCCCAUUCCUGUGACUCUGGUCAAGUGGCUUACCUUGCAUCUCGGUUUCCUCAUCUGUAAACUGGGGUUAAUGAUCUCUACCUGGUUGGAUGGCUUGAGUAUUUGAAAUAGUACAAUUUAGGGUUCAGGGGAGCUCCCCACGUGGAACCACUCUUUUCUGGGCAAGGUCUAAACCUAUGGAGAGAUACAGGAGGAGGAAGGCAGGUGGAAAUCCGCAUGCGAUGGCCGUCCCGACUGCAGCUGUUGUUGGAGAAUGUGGCUGAACCAGUGGGCAAGGAAGUGGGGGACUGGGGCAGUCAGGCAGACCUGCCCACCCCAUCGCCUGUGGAGCUGGAGAAGCCUCUCCCAGCAGGGUGAAGGGCCUUCUUGCCAUGGGGAAAGGCAGGGCUGGGCUUUCAUGUGCAGGCCCUCCUUCCAUAUUCCUGGGAUGGUGUAGACACCACCAGGUAUAGACAACAGGAAAGUUACACAGGGAGAGCGUCCUGCUCAUGGAAGGAAACAUCUGGAGUGGUGGAGAAGAGUCGCCCCGUGGCAAGGAAUAUGACUUGCUGGGCUCCGUGCCUGGCCCACGGUGGGAGGGUGGUCAAUGGCAUCUGUUAGGUACGUACUUGGUAGAGGUGGCCACAGUGUGUCAAGUAGGUGGUGUUGUCUGCUCCAGGAAAUAAUCUGGCUUUAAAUUCAAGAAAUCUCUUUCCUACUUGUUGGCAGAGCAUGAUUGAGAUAAUGGUGAGCCAUGGAUCUCAAGGUCGCAUUCUAACUUGAACGCAAUUCACAGGGAGCUGAGGUAGUGGUUGACUCCUAGCCUGGGCUUGGAGAAGCUUCUUUGCCUCCUCUCUCUUGGUCCCAGGCCCCUAAAGGGCCUCUGCUUCUACCAGACCUGGCUCUGUCUGUCUGGCCAGCCAGGCCUGGGCUUGGCUGCACUUGGGUCCUCCAGCCACUGGAGAGGGGGAGCUCCCACAUCUGCCUACUUCGUCAUUGAGCUCUCCCACCCCCACUGCCUUCAGGAAGCAUUUGCCUGUCAUUCUUGCCAUCUCUUCCCCGUACCUCCCUCCCGCAUCCAGGUGGAGCCUUCCUCCUCUGAGCUUCUGCAGUUUUCCUCUAUGGUAUUUCUCAACCUUGACCCUGUUCCACACUGUGCUGGGCUCCAGUUUCCUGGGUGUAGUCUGCUCUCCCAGCCUGACGAGACUCUUCAGGACGAGGGUGUCUGGGACUCACGGCACAUCUGUGUAGCUGGACUCUCACUUAGUGGCCAGUGACCGCCACGUGUUGCAUUAAUGCAUCAAUUAAAAAUGAUUCUUCCAAAGGCUAGUUUAUCCUGGAGGUUUUAUGUGAACCCUAAGUUUGAUAGUGUGGCACAGGAGAGCUCACACUUGUCACUCAAUUUCCCAAGGAGUCGAGAGCCUAAUGGAAUAACCUUGGAUUUCCUGGCAUUAGGUUUUGGGGCUGUUAAAACGUAGUAACCACAGUUUUUUUGUGUCUUGAGGGCCUUAGGGGAAAAUGUUAUGGAAAUUUGGUUGUUGUUUCAGGAAUAUAAGCGGAGCCAUCUACUCAGGCGAGAAAUGUGGAGGCUGCUGGUGUUUCUUAUAGCUGGUAUAAAUAGCUCGGCUUCAAGUUCCAUGCUCCUUUGUUUGGAAUGUAAAUAUUUGCAUUAAAAAUAUAAAGUAUGUCCUGGUGUGUAUUUUUAGGGACUAUAAUUUCCAACCCCCAAAUCAGACUAUGGGUCUACUGAGGAUUAAUUUUCUCUGCUUUGUGAACCUGUGUAUGUAAAGAGUCUUCCAAAUGUACACACCAAAUCCUGUUUGCUUCAUGCACGGAAGGGACCGCCAGGAUUACAAGAAAGCAGGGUUGUCCCGGAUGAAGGGCAGAUGAGAAGACAGCCAGGAGGGUCCUGGGCCCUCAGCUGUGACUCCCCGAGAGGCAGGUACCAAGGGCCUCCUUUGUCCUUGCUUCCUAGCCAGUGCGUGGCCCCGCCCUUGGGAGGGUCAGCUCCUCCUCCGUCCCACUGAACACUGAUGCCUCAGGACUGGACUCCUUGGGGCAGCAGGGACCCUUCCAUCUUUCCUUCCCUAGCUCUGCCUUGCAAAGGUGCAGCCUCCUGAGCCUCAGAGUGUCUGACAUCUCUCUGCCUGGGGACCCCAACUGAAACAUUGUGUGGGCUUAGAAACCGUGAGCCUUGGGGAGGACCAUCUUCCUCCGAGCCCUGGGUGUGCUGAACUGCGAAGGCUUACCACUUCCUUGCCUGUGGUUAUCUCCAGCCUGACCCACGGUGGCGCGAUCCUCUCUCAUCAUCCGUCACAGUUUUUAAUGAAGAAAAUAUGUUCCAGAAAGGCUGAGUGCCAUGCCGCAUCAGGAAAUCUGGCAUUUUUUAAAGUUUGCGCCUCACAAAGAGGAAAUAUUCCAAAGGUACUCAGGAUGUAAAAGUGGAGAUCUUCAGAGAUGCCUCCGUGGAUGGCAUGGCAAUCCAUCCAUCAGCGAGAAGACCAUGAUUUCUUUUAAUUUUUUGUGUGUUUCCACAUUCCCCAGUGAGAAUUCUUCCACCUUUUUUUGUGCCAUGGGAAAAACCUGAAGGGCAGGCAGAGCUGCUCCCGAACUAGUGACCUUCUCCAAGGUUGCGGCGGCUCUUGUAGAACAUGACUCUGGGACAUCACUUCCUUUUGUUUUCUUUCGGAGCUGAACCAAAGAAUGUGCAUCCUCUUUCUCUAGUGCUGUGGUGUGUGCUUAUUUUUGUAUUUGUGCUUUCCAUCCAUCUUAUGUAAUCACAAGGCAUCCUUAAGGUUUUCCGGCACAAUUUGUGGACAUCCAGACUCCUGGGGGGACCACCACCCAUGGCUCGGUAAGCCAGCAGCCCAGGGCACUGGCACUACCAUGAGGCACUGCAUUAAUUGCUGCAUACAGCUGUUACCCGACGGUGCACACAAGCACCAGGUCAACUGCCGAGGGGGCCCCCACCACGGUCACCAGGUGUGCCCCACGUGCAAAGGAGAAAACAAAAUUCUGUUUCGUGUGGACAGUAAGCAGAUGAACUUGCUUGCUGUUCUCGAAGUGAGGACUGAAGGGAACGAGAACUGGGGUGGGUUUUUGCGCUUCAAGAAGGGGAAGCGAUGUAGCCUCGUUUUUGGACUGAUAAUAAUGACCUUGGUAAUGGCUUCUUACAUCCUUUCUGGGGCCCACCAAGAGCUUCUGAUCUCAUCACCUUUCCAUUACGGAGGCUUCCCCAGCAACCCCAGCUUGAUGGACAGCGAAAACCCAAGCGACACAAAAGAACAUCAUCAUCAAUCCUCUGUAAAUAAUAUUUCAUACGUGAAGGACUAUCCAAGCAUUAAAUUAAUUAUCAACAGCAUCACAGCUAGGAUUGAGUUCACAACCAGACAACUCCCAGACUUAGAAGACCUUAAGAAGCAGGAGUUGCAUAUGUUUUCAGUCAUCCCCAAUAAAUUCCUUCCAAACAGUAAGAGCCCCUGUUGGUACGAGGAGUUCUCGGGGCGGAACACCACAGACCCGUACCUCACCAACUCCUACGUGCUCUACUCCAAGCGCUUCCGCUCCACCUUCGACGCGCUGCGAAAGGCCUUCUGGGGCCACCUGGCGCACGCGCAGGGGAAGCACUUCCGCCUGCGCUGCCUUCCGCACUUCUACAUCAUAGGGCAGCCUAAGUGCGGGACCACAGACCUCUAUGACCGCCUGCGGCUGCACCCUGAGGUCAAGUUCUCCGCCAUCAAGGAGCCACACUGGUGGACCCGGAAGCGGUUUGGAAUUGUCCGCCUAAGAGAUGGGCUGCGAGACCGCUAUCCUGUGGAAGAUUAUCUGGACCUAUUUGACCUGGCCGCACACCAGAUCCAUCAAGGACUACAGGCCAACUCUGCAAAGGAGCAGAGCAAGAUGAAUACAAUCAUUAUCGGGGAGGCCAGUGCUUCCACUAUGUGGGAUAACAAUGCUUGGACGUUCUUUUACGACAACAGCACGGACGGCGAGCCACCGUUUCUGACCCAGGACUUCAUCCACGCCUUUCAGCCGAAUGCCAAACUGAUUGUCAUGCUCAGGGACCCUGUGGAGAGGUUGUACUCAGACUAUCUCUACUUUGCAAGUUCGAAUAAAUCCGCAGACGACUUCCAUGAGAAAGUGACAGAAGCUCUGCAGCUGUUUGAAAAUUGCAUGCUUGAUUAUUCACUGCGCGCCUGUGUCUACAACAACACCCUCAACAACGCCAUGCCUGUGCGUAUCCCCCGAGCUGGCCCCCGGCAGAAGGAGCUGGUGAGGCUCCAGGUCGGGCUCUAUGCUGUGUACCUUCUGGACUGGCUCAGUGUUUUUGACAAACAACAGUUUCUCAUUCUUCGCCUGGAAGAUCAUGCAUCCAACGUCAAGUACACCAUGCACAAGGUCUUCCAGUUUCUGAAUCUAGGGCCCUUAAGUGAGAAGCAGGAGGCUUUGAUGACCAAGAGCCCCGCCUCCAAUGCACGGCGUCCCGAGGACCGGAACCUGGGGCCCAUGUGGCCCAUCACACAGAAGAUUCUGCGGGAUUUCUACAGGCCUUUCAACGCUAGGCUGGCGCAGGUCCUCGCGGAUGAGGCGUUUGCGUGGAAGACGACGUGAGAGCUGAACUGUUGCUGCACGUGCUGGGCCCGCCAAUGCCGUCAUCACCAGGAUUGUACACAUCUCUUUGCAGGGAACUGUUUCACUCGUGGUAUGGAAAACCCCAGGACUCCGCCACUCUAGGCACACAUGAAUUAUAACCAUUUUGGAAUUUCUUUUGUGAUGUUUAAGAGCUCAGCAAUGGACCGCUCACAGAGCUCCUCUGUCUGAGGCCAGUGGAGACCCCAUUUCUCAAGAAUUCAGCGCUGCUCCGAGCAUCCUGGAGCUUGGGGAUGCAGCCAGCUGACCCUGCACUGGGUGUGGAGAGAACACCUAGGGAAGGCAGCCCAGCGCUGCCCACCUCGGCCUUCUGGCGAGCCUCAGUCUGGGUUCUGAGUCAGCACGCCAGAGGUCAUGCCACAGGGCUGGCUGGAACUUACACUUCACGUUCCCUUUUUUCCCCCUAGAGAUGGGGUCUCGCCGUGUUGCGCAGGCUAUCUAUAUUCCAUGGCUAUCUUCACAGGUGUGAUCGUACCACAUUCACUUCUGAAACGCUUGUUGAGAUCGCUAACCUCACUGGGACAGAGAACCGCAGUCUUUCGAGAAUGGAGGCUCUUCGUCUCCUUUACUCCAAAGUCAGCCCUCUAGUUUCUUCAGAGGUAAACCCUGUUAACGUCACUGUCUCCAAAAGGAAAAAAAUCAGUCAGUUUUUGGCAGCACCUUCAUCUCUCUGACCUCCUCCUCUUCUGUCCUUGUGGACUUUACUUAUGUUUAACAUAGAAAAUGAAUACAUUUAAAACAAAACCACUUUCUGCAUUUAACCAGUCCUGGCUCUCUCUCUGCUGCCUCUAUACAUGUCAAGAAAUUCAGUUUAUCAUUGGAAGGGAAAUUUUUGCUGUUAAUGCCAGAAUGAGCAACCUCAAGGAAUUGAACACUUCAUGGAAAAUCUAGGUAAUUCAAGCCCUCAUCAGGUUUACAAGAUCAUCAGAGAAACAGAGGAUUUUAAUUUUUAGUUCUGGCCAGCUACAGGCUCCAUUUCUCCACCUUGCCGUUGGAAAACGUUUAUUUCCACAUUCUCCACUACGUGUGAUCAAAGUUCCUCACCCAGCAAGGGACUAUAGAUACCCAUGUCCCAUUUCCGAAACACAAUGCAUAAGCUGAACUUGGGCUGAACGUGGCGUGUUGAGAUUUGGGAUGAGAUUUCUAAGAGUCGUGUUCCUCAUGGAAUUUUCCAGGCUACUUGGCAGCUUGGUUUACCGAUGGAUGGGCAAGAGAUCUUGCCAUUUCUUGGCAGUCACAGGCAAGAUUGAAGAGAAGACUUGAGCAUCCUUGGCAACAGCCCAGGUGGGACCUGGAUGAAGCUUUGCACUCAAGUGUUGUCAAGGGAAGCUUCCUGUGAACCAAAGUUCUCAGGCCAAGGUCUCGUCCACCAAAGCCAGAAAGUGCAAGCACCCGUCUACCCAGCUCUAACUUGCAUGUGUGAGACAGACCGGGCUUCAGGGGUAGGAGGAUCUGCAAUCGCUCAGCCGUCCCCUCCUGGUGCUGUUGUCUUUCUGCCAUCAGAGAAGGGACACACAGCCCAUUUGAAGGUGUGCAGAGGGCUCUGAGCGCCAGGAUGGUCGGGAGCUGUUCCUGCUACUGAAGGAGCUGUGUGUCCCGAACUCCCACUUGCAGGGACAGUCGCCACCUUCUCUAUAGCCGGCACUGGGAGCAGCCGCCAGCAGGGAAAUCUGGUCUGAGCACAAGGAUGCUUUAGGGAGAGAUCACUUCAGUGUGUGUGUAUAUUUAUCUGCAGUACUCCGUGUGUGUGUGUGUGUGUGUGUGUACUCGCACGUGUGGGUGAGUGCGUCUUCUGAGUGGGUUCUGUUCAGUUCCAGUUGCUAGUGAGGCUCCUCCGGUCUGGACACAACCCUUUUAUAGAUUAAUUUCUCUGCCAAUUAACUUGUCAUUUUCAGUACGUAUUUGACUAUUCCACACCAACCAUAAUUACAACAAGGGAUUUUUCUUAUGCACUCCUAUGCAUGUGAAUAACAUGUGGUGUAAUUCUGCUUCUUACAGAAGUAUUACUGAAGGUAUUAUUUCCAAUAUUAUUUGGUUUAUUAUGCGGAUCUUUUUUAUAUAUGCAGUCCCAUCCCUUCUGUGCCAAUCAAUGCCAUCCAGACAUGGUUUUUCCCUCCAGGGGCCUUUCUCCAGAGGGCACUUCUGCUGCCUCUGCUUCCUCUCGUUCGAGGCCCGGCUCUUGCUGACAGAAUAGGUUCCGUUCUGGGCGGUGGUUCUCGAGCCUGCCAUUCAAAACCAAAGUGAAUUGGAGCAUUUCUCAUAACAUGGUAUUGAAGUUCCUUUUUGUUCUCAAAAGCUGUGUACCAGACUGUGUUAAAUUGUACUCCCUUAGUCCUGUAAGGUAUGUUCAGUGAAUCGCAGUUACGCUGUACUUUUAUUAAUAUUUAACAUAAUUAAAGAUGGACCCACAUGAGUGACGCCUGUGGAGCGGGUGCGCUUCCUCUGCA